UCCGCGGAUGUGGACAGUGCGGGCGCGCGCGUUUCCCCAGCCAUGCUUAAUGCUCCAAACUCUUUCUUUAUUUCUUUGUUCUUACGUUAUUAUAAUUAAUACUCAAUCCAUCUAUUGUUUUCUUUUCUUUCUUUUCUUUUAUUAUAUCAUAUGAUUCUCUCUCUCUCUCUCUCUCUCUCUCUCUCUCUCUCUCCGCUUCUCCAUGUGACGGGUUUAUUUGAUAUAUUUUCUAUGUGAAUCUCUGCAUGAUGCGGAUGGUCGAACCGGCGCUGCUCUUCGGGCUGUGGGCGCUCGCGCACGGGGCUUUUCCCAGCAGCGUGCAGAUCGGCGGUUUGUUCAUCAGGAACACGGAUCAGGAAUACACUGCAUUCCGGUUGGCUGUGUUCCUCCACAACACGAGCCCGAAUGCCACCGAGGCUCCAUUUAACCUCGUCCCGCAUGUGGACAACAUCGAGAGCGCAAACAGCUUCGCUGUCACCAACGCUUUCUGCUCUCAGUACUCGCGAGGUGUGUUUGCGAUAUUCGGUGUGUACGACAAGCGCUCCGUCCACACACUCUCAUCGUUCUGUGCGUCCCUGCACAUCUCACUCGUCUCCCCGAGCUUUCCAGCAGACGGAGACACUCAGUUCCUGAUUCAGCUCCGCCCCUCCCUCCGCGGCGCCUUACUCAGCGUCAUCGACCACUAUGAAUGGACUCGAUUCGUCUUCCUGUAUGACACGGACCGAGGAUACACCAUCCUUCAGGCCAUCAUGGAGAGGGCUGGUCAGAAUGGAUGGCUGGUGAGCGCAAUCUGUGUGGAGAACUUUGGUGAUGCUGCUUAUCGACGCCUCCUUGAAGAUCUGGACCGUCGCAAUGAGAAAAAGUUUGUUGUUGAUCUAGAGGCAGAACGACUCCAGAACUUUCUAGAGCAGGCGGUGAGUGUAGGAAAGCAUGUGAAGGGCUAUCAUUACAUCAUCGGUAACCUGGGCUUUAAGGACGUGUCUCUUGAGCGAUUUAUGCAUGGAGGAGCAAAUGUUACUGGUUUCCAGUUGGUGGAUUUCAGUAAACCAAUGGUGAUAAAACUUAUGCAGCGCUGGAAUAAACUCGAUCAGAGAGAAUACCCAGGCUCUGAAACCCCGCCCAAGUACACUUCCUCCCUGACGUACGACGCCGUGUUGGUGAUGGCCGAAGCGUUCCGAAACCUUCGGCGCCAGAAGAUUGACAUCACACGCCGUGGAAACGCCGGAGACUGUCUAGCCAAUCCGGCAGCUCCGUGGAACCAAGGCAUAGACAUGGAGCGCACAUUAAAGCAGGUACGGAUCCAGGGUCUGACAGGAAACAUUCAGUUCGAUCAGAACGGACGCAGAGUGAACUACACCAUGGAUGUGUUUGAAAUGAGGAGCAACGGCCCACAAAAGAUCGGUUACUGGAACGACAUGGAUAAACUGGUGCUGGUGCAGAACGAGCUAGCUGGUGGAAACGGAUCAGCUGGGGAGAACAGAACAGUCAUCGUCACCACUAUCAUGGAAGGACCAUAUGUGAUGCUGAAGAAAAACUGGGAGAUGUACGAAGGGAACGAUCAGUACGAGGGAUACUGCGUUGAUCUGGCAUCUGAAAUUGCCAAUCACAUCGGGAUUAAAUACAAAAUCUCCAUCGUUCCAGAUGGGAAGUACGGCGCAAGAGAUCCGGAGACCAAGAUCUGGAAUGGGAUGGUGGGGGAGCUUGUGUACGGGAAAGCAGAGAUUGCGGUGGCUCCUUUAACGAUCACCCUGGUGAGGGAGGAAGUGAUCGACUUCUCCAAACCCUUCAUGAGCCUCGGAAUCUCCAUCAUGAUCAAAAAGCCGCAGAAGUCCAAGCCGGGCGUGUUCUCGUUCCUCGACCCGUUGGCCUAUGAGAUCUGGAUGUGUAUCGUAUUCGCCUACAUCGGCGUGAGCGUCGUGCUUUUCCUCGUCAGCCGCUUCAGUCCCUAUGAGUGGAAACGAGACGAGGCCGAGGAAGAGCCGGACGCAGAUCAGCCGCCCAAUGAGUUCGGCAUCUUUAACAGCUUGUGGUUCAGCCUGGGAGCCUUCAUGCAGCAGGGCUGUGACUUCACGCCCAGGUCUUUGUCAGGUCGUAUAGUGGGCGGGGUUUGGUGGUUCUUCACUCUGAUCAUCAUCUCGUCAUACACGGCGAACCUGGCAGCUUUCCUCACCGUGGAGAGAAUGGUAUCUCCCAUCGAGAGUGCAGAGGAUCUUGCCAAGCAGACUGAGAUCGCCUACGGCACGCUCGAUUCCGGUUCCACCAAGGAGUUCUUCAAGAGGUCUAAGAUUGCGGUGUAUGAGAAGAUGUGGUCAUACAUGAAGUCGGCUGAGCCGUCCGUGUUCACGAAGACGACUGCGGAGGGCGUGUCCCGAGUGCGCAGGUCGAAGGGGAAGUACGCGUUCCUGCUGGAGUCCACCAUGAACGAGUACACAGAGCAAAGGAAACCGUGCGACACCAUGAAGGUCGGAGGGAACCUUGACUCCAAAGGCUACGGCAUCGCCACGCCCAAGGGCUCGCCGCUAAGAAACGCUGUGAACCUGGCUGUGCUAAAGCUGAAUGAACAAGGCCUGUUGGACAAAUUGAAAAAUAAAUGGUGGUACGACAAAGGCGAGUGUGGCAGCGGGGGCGGAGACGCUAAGGAUAAGAGCUCUCAGGCGCUGAGCCUGAGCAACGUAGCAGGCGUGUUCUACAUCCUGGUGGGCGGGCUCGGGCUCGCCAUGCUGGUGGCGCUCGUCGAGUUCUGCUACAAGUCACGAGCCGAGGAGAAGAAACGGGCGGACGAGUGGAAGCAGAAACAAGCGGAAUCGGCUGAGCUGAACUUCAGUCCGGUGCCGAGCCCGAGCCCGAGUGUGCAGAACUUAGCCACCUAUAGAGAAGGGUACAAUGUGUACGGCUCGGAUGGCAUAAAGAUCUAGGGGAGUUCGCUUUCACCGUAGCCGUGAGAGACUCCGUAAGGCCCGGCUGUCAAUCACGGGGGAAAAGGGACCGCCUUUAUGGAUUCCGGCCCCACCCAUGCCAUGGAGUUCCCAUAGCAACCAAAAAAACCUCACUCUGUGCCUUACGUCACGCUCCUUCUGCUGACGACGCCAUGCUUCCUGCUCAACCGGACUGCGAAAGAGCUUCUUAAACGGAUUGUAAAGGAGUACAAAAACAUACAAACAAACACUCAGACAGUGCGUCCACAGGAAAAGGGGCGGCAACAACGCAUCAACGGGAAUUCUUGACGCCUUAAUAUAAUGACAUCAUCACCGAAAACCACGCCCACUAAGACAAUGACCAGAAGACCAGAAAACUGUCAGACUGUAUACAGUUCCUGUUGUAUCAACAUGUUUCCUUUAUUCAGUUAUGACCUGUAGGCUCCUGAGAACAAACGCUCUGUCCCAAACGCUAGCGCUGAUGACUAGAAAGUCAGCCAAUCUGAGGCUCCGUCCCAAACACUUGAACACACAGAAUUCUCAAAAGUGGUUAUUUUCUGUUUAAGUGUUCAUAUGGUGUUAUGCACAGUAUGUGUGUGUGUGUGUGUGUUAUCCAUAUGAGCAUGCAUCAGGUUUAACACUGAAACGCAGUGCUGAGUGUGCUAAUCACGUCCUCAAACCUCUGACUAGCAGACUGUUAGCUAGCAGGAAAUCAGCCAGCUGCUGUUUAUAAUGACUCUUCUUCGUGACACAGUAUGUACGUACACGUGUCCCUGAUUCUCAGAACACUUUUAUCAAACGCUAGCGUUUGGGAUUUAGCCAGAUAAUGCAGCUCAAAUAUGGUAGCAUAUUAGCAUUGCUAAUUAGCAGUUUAUUUAAAGCAGAUAAACACCACAUAGUCCCAUAGUUUAAUGUUUGCUAAUUGAUAAAUAAUGAUAAAAGAGAAAAUAUUUGUAAAAAAAAAAUAAGAAUAAUAAAAAAAUAUGGGAAAGUCAUAACAGGAAGAAGAACACCAUGUGCACAUACAGAUACAUGCUUUGUCCCCGAUGUAAAUAACUGUAGACACACAGAUCCCACCUGUUUUGAGGUAAAGACUCAUCGCAAUAAUGAAUAUAGGACAACACAAAAUCUUUUAUAUGCACACUUGUAAAAAGAAAUGAGUGCAUAGAAUUAUUAUAGAGACUUACAAACUAAAAGAGCACCACAGUGUGUGUGUGUGUGUGUGUGUGUGUGAGUGUGUGUGUGAGGGAGUCCAUGGUAUCUGUUCUGUUAAUGCUUGAGUUCCAAUACGCUUUUUAACACUUCCCCUCAUUGACUGAAUCCACUCACCAUCUUAAGGACUGUUCCACAUUAUCAGCUUGAGGGAGGUUUAUUAGAUGUGUUUAUUAGAGCACAACUUACCCAGAAGGCAUUGCUGAAAUCUAACACAGCCUCCUUUUCAAAAUGGCGGAUGACGGUAACUGUUCAUUCCAGAGACGUGAUUCUUUCAUUCAUUUAUCUUCAGUAGGUGCUUUAUCCUGGUCAGUGUCGCUGUGGAUCCAGAGCCAAUUCUGGGAACAUUGGCAGGAAUACACCCUGGAUGGGAAUACUGGUCCAUCACCGGGCUCCAUGCAUCCACCUACUGAUGUUUCUGGGAGGUGGGGUGUAACUGGAGAGAACACUGGAGAGAUCCUGAGCUCUCAUUGGUCAGCGCCUUGUGGCUGCGGGAGGUAACCUGCAGUCCUGAUGUACGCCUCUAACCCUCAGAAGCUACUAUUCAGUGCAGUCCCUUUCCACUGUUGUAGAACAUUGAAACACUUAAAGGAAAACUCCACCCUUACACAUUAAAUACAUUUAAUGUUUAAUGAACUAUUUGUGAUGCGCCAGUUUGUUGGUUGGUGCUGUAGUUUCGUCAUUCCUGGAAGAUGUUAGCGCUAAUCUCCCACUCAGACACAACAGGGAGGAUAUUGUAAUGGCUAGGACAGAUAGGAGAAAAGAAAUCUCAAACAACAGUGAUCUCAAAAAGUCAGGUUUCGGUAUCAGCUCCUAAUAACAAAAGACCAAGCGCUUCUUUUCUCACUCAUCAUUUUCAUCGUCAUUUUAAUGAGCGAUCCAAUCCCAGAAUGCAAUGCAGCUAUACGACUCAGAUGCGCCAAGGUAUCUGAGAUCUGUGAGUUGACAAGUGGUAUUAGCUUGAAAGUUGAAGCUUUGGAAGCUGAUCUGUUUAAGAGCGUGAGAGUUGGACAGACUAAAGGACUAAAGCGCCGCUGCAUCGCUCUCGUUAACUAGAGAUGAAGCGAGGAUUAAAUCCCACUGCACAAAAUCCCACUGUGAUCCCACUGUGGAAAAUCAUUAACCAGUGUAAAAAAUAAAAGACCAACUUGUCGAUGAAAACUAAAAAAAAUCAACUCAUUAUAGUAAAAUGCCAUUAACAAUCAUGUGUUAAUUAUUAAUAUUAAUAUUCAAAUCAUUUUCCCUUUAAUGCUAGACAGAGCAGCCAAAGCUUAGUGACUGACAGGAGUAUUGUAGAUUGGAUGUCAUUUCCCUUCCUGUUUUCUGAAGAUCUUCAAAAACUUGCUUCCUUUAAUCAUUUGCUGAGAUUAACUGCUCACGCAUUCUCCAAAUCUUCCUAAAUCAUCCAGCUUAUCCUGAUAAGUGAGAGAUAAAAUGACUCCCAGCCGUACUCCUCUUGAAAAAUGAUCAAAUAUCCUUCAUGGGAUUUGUUAUAAAUGUCAUCUGAUAAAUGUACAUGUUUAAAUAUUUAACUAUGUCUCCUCUGGCUGUCUGGAAAUGAAAUACGAGCUUGGCAAACCUUAAAUUAAGUUGUAUUUAUUUGCUUUUAACUAGCUAGCUUAAUUAGCUAACUAGCUAGUCAGUUAAUGUUAACACUACUAACACCUGGUCGUACGCUAAGUAGCUCCCAACACUUAGAUUUGGUCUUAGAUUUUAGCAGAAAAGUGUCAAGUUCCUGGAGUUAGUAGAAGAGUAGAAGGUUAGCUAGCAAACUAGCUAAUUAGCCAGCUGCUAUGAGUCCAUAUAGAAAUAGCUACAUUGUUCUAGCUACUGAGGGUUAUGCUCUACACACUUCUCCCCUUGUACUGCAAGUGUACACUUCAAGUGGCCUAGCUCAUUCAUGCUUGAGGCGAAGUCAACAAGAGAGUGUAAAAAAGCAUAUUGGGACAUUGUGUACAUGUCCACACCCUAAAGAAAAGUUUGGGUUUUUUUCUGUUUGUUUUUUUGUUUGUUUUGUUUUGUUUUUCAUUUUACAUUUGUUUUUGUUUCAUUGUUUGCUCAAGAGAUAUAAAUAAAGAUGAGAGUUUGAUUAAUAAAACACAGUUUUUGCUGUUGAUGAUAUUUUUGUUAUUGUGUAAAAAAUCUGAUAGCCCUGGUUGUUGUUGUUGUUGUUGUUGUUGCUUUGUGACUUUUAGCCGAAUGUCAUAGCAGCAGUCACACUGAGAUUUUAGUCAAAAGUUUUUCUGACACUGCCAGAACUUUGUCAUCGACUGUCUUUGGAUGCAAUGGGCUGCCGGUGAGUGCGCCACAUUAUGCGCUCUAAAC